AUGCUAGAGGUAUUGAUUACAAUCAUUCCCUCUGUAUGUUGGCUACUAUACCACUUCUACACUAUAUUGCAGACGCCCGUGGAGAAAAUCAUUGAAGAUUUGAAUAUCGAGAUUCCUCAUAUACCAAAUAUUUGCAUUGAUUCGAUAAAUGAGUCCUCGAUUGUGAUUCACUGGGAUAUAGAGGUGAAAAGCGAUGAAAACUUGUAUUAUAUGAUUGUGGUAAAUGUUCAAGAAGUGGCUACUUUAACAUCGACAUCCUGUAAGUUGAACAAUUUGGCACCGAAGCAGGUUUACACCGUUGAAGUGGUUGCAUGUAAUACAAUCACAAAUUUCAAGUCCAAGUCCAAGGCCGUUUAUGUUGAGACUUUGAACAAGGAUGAUGUAAAGGAGUUUGUAGAAAACACCGACCUUUUGGAACCUGUGUCAAGUGAAGUAAAUGAGAAUUUGAAUACGAUAUCAAUCGAACAAAUAAAGGACAUCGAUGACCCAAAGUUGGUAAACAGCUACUUAGUCAAAGCCCAAAGUGAACUUUCCAAAUGUAACUCCGAGUACAAGGGCUUUCAAUUGGCUAUCAAAGAUGAACAAAGUACUUUACAGAAAGAGUUGAAUUUCUACAAGUCAGAAUAUGAAGAGGAGACAGAUUCAAGAAACAAAAAAGACCAUGAUGUCAAAUCCUUAGAAAAAGUAAAGAAUAAUCUAUCGUUUAAGAAGUCAAAAUUGAUGGCACAAUUAAACAACAUAAAAAGUUCACUAGCAAUAUACAACUCCAAAUUUCAAGAAAAUGAUCAGAAAAUAAACAAAUUGAAAGAAAGAAACUUGCACUUGAAUGAGCUUGAAGAGCAAUCCAGAAUUAAAACUGAUGAGGAGAUGGAAAAGACGCGUCAACAAUUGCAAAAGGACAAACAACAAUAUGAAACUGUUGAAGAGUCGUUAAAGAGCUUGACGGUUGAGAAAAAGGACGCCGUUGCAUUGAUGAACAAGCUCAAACCACUUUUAGACCAAUUCAAUAAUCUAACCACCGACCACUCCACGUCACCAAGUCCUGGUCCAAAUGGCUCGUCAACGUCUCUUCACCUGCUAAACACAUCCAUUUUCAACAAAGAUGGAUCUCUUACGAAAAAUUCUUUUGAUGCAUUGUUGAAAAUCUUUCAGUUGAUUCCAUCAUGGCAAGACGAGAUUAUGCUGGAAAUUAACAAUUAUCAAGAGAUUGAAAAUCAAUGGAAAUCGGCAUUUAAAGCGGAGGUAAAGAAUUUUGUCGCCAUUCAUCAAACAUUGGAGAUUGCCAAGUUGAACAAAGACGACAGUUAUCAACCAGUGAAGUUGAACGAGUACCAAGCAUCAAUUGAAUUCGGUGGGUAUGGAAAUGCGUUACCAAAGCCUAGGUUCAGCAGUCAAGGGAAGAGUGAUAGAAGGACUAACGCGGAAGAUGUUGAUACUUUUCACAACCAUUACAGUCAAGUAUACACCAACGAAAACCAAGUGCCACUGAAUCCCCAAUUCAAUUCCUCUUAUGGCCAGGAUAUCUCCUUUGAGGAACCGUAUAUGACACAACUGCAUGUUGCCCCAGUUGCUGAUUAUCAAACUCGUAGUGGUGACCAGUCGUAUAUCAGUUUGAAACAGAUCAAUGCUUUGGCGAGGGGUGUAAAUAUGAGCUCCCCAUUGCAAUCUGAUCCUGCAUUGAGUGAGCCCUUUAACCAAAAUUUGCCUGUUUUUAAUCAACCAAGCAAAGUAACAUCUCCUACAGCUCAAAAUUCGUUAUUGUAUAGCAAUUUGGCUCCACCAAUUCAAGCUCCACCAGCCUUGGAGUCCAGAUUUUAUAACCCGGGUCAUUCUACUUCAUUAUCAGAGGUGUGGAAUCCUCCAGCAUCCACCACAGUAACAGGCUCCUCCUUGAAUGAUUUCGUGCAACCAAAAGCGGGUCGUGCUACGCAGAAUGGAUUUUUAGUUUCGCCAUCACAGAAUAUCUGGCAUAAUGAUAGAGGCCCCAAUCUUGGCGCAAUGUCAAGCAGCUCGCCUAUAUGGAGAAAUGAACUCUACACCAAUCACAACCAACACUCGACAUCCCCUCAACCAAGAGAAUUUCAACCAUUUGGUGACCAUAUUAACUUGCUUAACAUUGGGAGUAACUCUGCCUCUGCAGCUCAUUCCUUCUCGCUGCCUCAGCCUGUACACUCGACGGAGAAACAAGACUCGUCUGAAGAUCUCGCUUCAUUUGGCUAUUCUAAGCGCAGCUAG